CAGGUUCCUCCUCCAGCAGGAAUGCUGUCCAGCAGGUUUGUGAUGUGACGUGUUUCCAGGAAAACAACACAAGCCUCUGGAGCCUGACGGGUAAAGUGCUUAAGUUCGGAGUAAGAUUGUGACUUCCACGUUCUAAAAGCCGUAAAGUAGACGUUUGGUUUCGCUCCAGGGAAGCUGAGAGUUGGACCAGUGCUCAGUGCUCAGUGCAUUCAUUUCCACAGAGGCUCUUCCGUGUCCGUCUCCCUGCAGUUUAAAUGGCAGCCUCGUCGGCACUGUGGAUUCCUGUGCUGUCCCUGCUCCAGCUGGCUCACAGCACUGUCUUCUCCAGACCUGCUCCAGGAGAGCCAGUGCUGCUGGACCAGCAGUCAGCGACCAGCUUCCUGUCCCGCUCGCUGCUCUACAACAGCUGGGACUUUGAGUUGGUGGUGGCUGACAAUCUGCAGAGGGAGUGCUUUGAGGAGACGUGCAGCUAUGAGGAGGCCAGAGAGGUGUUCGAGGACGACACUCAGACGGACAGCUUUUGGACCAGCUAUACCAACAAUCACGAGUAUUCCCCCAGAGUGGAUGUGUCUGGGCUGGUGGCGGGGAUCGUGGCUGUCCUCGUGUCUGCUGGCAUUGCCACCGUGCUGGGAAUCUACUGCUACAAAAACAAGAAUAAAGGUCGACCGAGGUUGGGCCAAGCUCCGGUGAGGAUGGCAGCAGAUGGCCGUCCUGCCCCAGAGACGGUACCCCUGGCUGGGAUCCUCGUCCCUCCAGGUCUACCCAGCUACAACGAGGCUCUGCACCACAGUGGGCAACACGAUGCCCCACCACCACCGUAUUCAGGGGGGGCGCCAUCAGAGCCUGCUGAUCCCGGAGACAACGCAUGAGACUGCUGGUCGAGCCUCCUCAUUCGAGCUGGUGGUCUGAGGGAACUUUAGCAGCCGGCCUGUUUCCGGCAGUAUUUAUCCGUGAGGUGCAGACCCAGUCCUAGAAGGACUCCCAGCCGGCUCUGAUGUCUAGUCGGUCCACUCCGCACGUGACGCUCUAGAGUGGGCAGCUGAGGGUGUGGUUCAAUUGUGUGGUUGUUUGGGGGGUUACUUUGGAGCAAUAGACACUCCAUUCAUAGAGACCACCGGGUCUCGUUUGAUAGAAUAAAUGACAUAACAAGUA